AUGUCUUCACAGAAAUACCUCCUUGACUCACACAUCCACCUCUUCCGCACGGAAGACCUCUCAAACCUGGCAUGGAUGACCCCCGAAAACCCUCUCAAUAGCCAGCACUCAAUCAACGAGUACCUCUCCACGCAUGUCCACAACCCGACAGCGCGCAAGCCCCUCGGAUUCAUAUUCCUCGAGACCGACCGCAAAACAAAUGUUUCCUCCACAACAUCCCCCGGGUGGGACGGGCCCCUCGCUGAAUUUGCCUUUGUCUACAACGCCGGAGCAGGGCGAGAUCCAGCCUACAAAGCCGUGGCAGAUAAGGUCUUAGGGAUUGUACCUUGGGGACCGGUCCCGGGGGGGAGCACAGCAAUGUAUAAUUAUAUAAGGCGGUUGCGAGAAAUUGCGGGUACAGAGAGGAUAGAUUUGUUGAAGGGGUUUAGGUACUUGGUUCAGUUCUGCCCGCGGGGGGUCAUGCUAGAUGAUGCAUUUGUGGAUUCGCUGAGGUGGAUGGGGCAGCAGUCUUAUGUGUUUGAGUUAACGGUGGACUGCCGGAGUGUUGGGUUGUGGCAGCUCGAGGAGGCGGCGGAGAUGGUUAAAAAGGCACAUAAAGACGUUCCUGAGGAGAAGAAAGUUAGAAUAAUCAUUGAUCACCUAGCCAAGCCUGACCUCAGAGUGGCCCCCAAGGAUAUUCCUACCAACCAAUUCUUCCUCGAAUGGAAAUCUCACCUCCUAUCGAUCCGUAAUGAGCAAACCUAUAUCAAGCUCUCUGGAUGCUUCUCAGAGCUACCUCCAGAGGUGCUGAUACAGCAAGCCGGCCAAGACAGGGAGCAAUACUUGCUUUCCAUCCAGGAAUACGUGCAACCGUGGAUCGAAGCCGCAUUGGAGAUUUUCGGCGCCAAGCUGGUACUUUGGGGAAGCGAUUGGCCAGUGUGUACCAUCAAUGGAGGCAAGGAAAGAGCGUGGGCUCUGUGGGUUGAGAUCACGGAGAGAGUGUUUACGUCGAUGAAGAUGAGCGAGGAUGAUAUGGAGGAUGUGUGGUGGAGAAACUCUGUCAAGAUCUAUGGAGUGAGCCAGGCGGAGGUGAAGAGAGAGGUGGUGAGUAAGAUUUAA